GACUUUGUAAUAAUAAUAAUAAUAAACACCUUUAUUAUAAGCAACAAUUUUACAUCUGAUUUGUGUUCUUGUUUUGUUUUUGAAUUUAAUGCAUAUAUUUUUUCCCCUGAUUUAAGUACAACGAAAAAUUCACACAGAAUUCAUUGCAGCUAAAUAAAGUGUUUUUUUAAGUGAAAUUUGUGGCAGCUGAUUGUCUGAUGAUCAUCAAGUGUGUGUGUGUGUGUCUGUGUUUGAUAAUACAAAAUGACGACCGAUAUUUCUGCUCAUUAUGAUCCAAUCACACAUACAGAUAUACUUAUCGAUGAAUAUGAUGGCGGUAAUAGUUCAUCGAGACUUUUUGAACGUGCCCGUAUCAAGGCAUUGGCAGAGGAACGUGAAUUGGUACAAAAGAAAACAUUUACCAAAUGGGUCAAUUCUCAUUUAGCACGUGCCAAUAUCCGUAUCAAUGAUCUUUAUACCGAUCUAAGAGAUGGAAAAAAUCUCAUCAAAUUAUUGGAAAUAUUAUCCGGCGAACGUUUGCAACGGCCAACGAAAGGCAAAAUGCGUAUCCAUUGUUUGGAAAAUGUGGAUAAAGCAUUGCAAUUCUUGUUGAAAGAACAACGUGUUCAUUUUGAAAAUCUUGGCUCACACGAUAUUGUUGAUGGUAAUCCACGUUUAACAUUGGGUUUAAUUUGGACCAUUAUAUUACGAUUUCAAAUUCAAGAUAUCACUAUUGAAGAAGUGGAUAAUCAGGAAACAAAAUCAGCCAAAGAUGCCCUAUUGUUAUGGUGUCAAAUGAAAACAGCCGGUUAUCAUAGUGUUAAUGUACGUAAUUUUACAACAUCAUGGAAAGAUGGCCUAGCAUUCAAUGCAUUGAUACAUAAACAUCGUCCUGAUUUGAUUAAUUAUGAAAAAUUAUCUAAAGCAAAUCCGGUACAAAAUCUUAAUAACGCAUUCAAUGUGGCCGAAGAUAAACUUGGUUUAGUGAAAUUAUUGGAUGCUGAAGAUGUUUAUACGGAUAAUCCGGAUGAAAAAUCCAUCAUUACAUAUGUGGUCACAUAUUAUCAUUAUUUCUCCAAAUGGAAAGCAGACACCGUACAGGGACGAAGAAUCGGUAAAGUUAUUGGUCAAACAAUGGAAACAGAAAAAAUGAUUGCUGAUUAUGAACGAUUGACAAGUGACUUACUUAAAUGGAUUGAAAUGAAAAUCGAUACAUUAUCCGAUAGACAAUUUGCUAAUUCAUUGACCGGUGUACAAAAUGAUCUGCAACAAUUUAACAAUUAUCGUACGAUUGAAAAACCACCAAAAUUCGAUGAAAAAGGUAAUCUGGAAAUUUUGUUGUUCACAUUGCAAAGUCAAAUGCGUGCAAAUAAUCAAAAACCGUAUACACCACGUGAGGGUAAAAUGAUUUCCGAUAUAAAUAAAGCAUGGGAACAUUUGGAAAAAGCUGAACAUGAACGUGAACUUGCGUUACGUGAAGAAUUGAUACGACAAGAAAAAUUGGAACAAUUAGCCGCUCGGUUUGAUCGUAAAGCUGGUAUGCGUGAAACAUGGUUGAAUGAAAAUCAACGUCUUGUUUUGCAUGAAAAUUUCGGCAAUGAUUUAUCAGCUGUUGAAGCUGCAGCUAAAAAACAUGAAGCAAUCGAAACAGAUAUAUCUGCCUAUCAAGAACGUGUUCAAGCCGUCGUUCAGGUUGCAUUGGAACUUGAAUCGGAAAAUUAUCAUGCCAUUAAUCGAAUCAAUACACGUAAAGAUAAUGUUCUACGAUUAUGGACUUAUCUACAGGAAUUGUUGAAAAAUCGUCGUACACGUCUGGAAAUGUGUUUGAAUCUGCAGAAAGCAUUGCAAGAAGUGAAUUAUAUUCAAGAUUCAAUCAACGAAAUUAAAGGCCGCUUACUCACAGAUGAUUAUGGUAAACAUCUGAUGAGCGUCGAAGAUUUGAUACAGAAACAUACUUUGAUAGAAGCCGAUAUUAAUGUACUCAGCGAACGAGUCAAAACGGUGGCACAGAAUCUGAAACAGAUUCGUGAUGAAGAAGGACCAGAUGGAUUUAAACCAUGUGAUCCACAGCUUAUUGAUGAUCGUCUGGAAGAAUUAGAAGCAGCAUUCACUGAAUUAUAUCAAUUGGCCGAUACUAGACGACGUAAAUUGGAAGAAUCGAAAAAAUUAUGUCAAUAUUAUUGGGAUAUGGCCGAAGAAGAAGCAUGGAUCAAAGAAAAAGAACAGAUCCUAUCAUCGAAUGAAAUUGGACAUGAUGUUACAACGAAUCAAUUGUUGAUUAGUAAAAAUCGUGCACUUGAAGAUGAAAUUGCUGCACAUUAUCAACAACUACAGAAUGCCGUGAAUGCAUGGUAUGAUUUCGCCAAUAGUGGUCAUUAUGGUGCCGAUGAUAUUAAACGUCGUACGGAUGAAAUUCUAGCAUCUUGGGAUAAUCUCAAAGAAUUGCAAGCUUUACGUAAUAUCGCACUACGUGAAGGUAAUGAUUAUCAUCAAUUUUUCACCGAUGCUGAUGAUGUUGAAGCAUGGAUGUUGGAUUUCUCGCGUUUGGUUUCGAGUAAAGAUGUUGGCAUCGAUGAGGCUAGUGGACAAUCAUUAUUGAAAAAACAUAAUGAUUGUGGUGAAGAAUUGAAAAAUUAUUAUGGCACUAUUAUGGCAUUGAAACAACAAGCGGAUAGUUUAGGUGAUAAUUAUCGUAAUCGGCCAGAGAUUGUAAAUCGUAUCGAUAAAAUUGAUCGAAUGUAUGGUGAUUUGAAUGAUGCCGCUGAACGUAGACGACAAAUGCUUACCGAUGCUAUUGAUAUGUAUCGAUUGAUGAGCGAAUCAGAUGGAGUAGAACAAUGGAUGGUUGAGAAGGAAAAAAUGCUUGACUCAAUGGUGCCAAGUCGUGAUAUGGAAGAUAUUGAAGUAAUGAAACAUCGUUUCGAUACAUUUGAACAAGAAAUGAAUGCCAAUGAACCACGUAUGGAUUAUGUUAAUCGUUUGGCCGAACAAUUACAUCAAGCUGGACAUCCGAAUGCUCGGGAUAUUGCUGACCGUAAUAAUCGUGUAAACAAUAGAUGGAAAAAACUUAAAAACAAUGCCGACCGUAAAAAAGAUGAUAUCGAUGCAUCACAUGGUGUACAAACGUUCCAUAUUGAAUGUCGUGAAACUAUUUCUUGGAUUGAAGAAAAAACCAAAUUACUUCAAUCUACUGAAGAAUUGGGUAAUGAUUUAGCCGGCAUAAUGACAUUACAACGACGAUUAAGUGGCAUGGAACGUGAUCUAGCUGCCAUUUGUUCACAGAUUGAUAAUCUUGAAAAUGAAGCCCAGAAAAUUGAAGAUCAACAUCCAGAAGAAGCGGAAGAAAUUCGUGAACGUAUUACACAGAUUUCGGCUGUAUUUGAACAAUUAAAUCAAUUGAUUAAACAACGUGAUGCCAAAUUGGAAGAAGCUGGUGAUCUACAUCGUUUCUUACGAGAUUUAGAUCAUUUUCAGACAUGGCUCAAGAAUACACAGACAGCUGUAGCAUCGGAAGAUACGCCGAAUAAUUUGAUUGAAGCAGAAAAACUUCUUAAUCAACAUCAACAAAUCAAAGAAGAAAUUGAUAAUUAUGCACCUGAAUUCAAAAACAUCAUGGAUUAUGGUGACAAACUGACGCAAGGACAAACUGAUCAUCAACAUAUGUUUCUACGUGAACGUCUUAAAGCAUUGCGUGAUGGUUGGGAUGAAUUGCAUAAAAUGUGGGAUAAUCGACAAAAAUUAUUAUCUGAAAGUUUGAAUUCACAGUUAUUUUUACGUGAUUCAAAACAGGUUGAAGUUUUACUUAAUCAACAAGAACAUUAUCUUGGCAAAGAUGAAACACCAGCUAACCUGGAACAAGCAGAAGAAAUGUUGAAAAGACAUGAAUCAUUUAUGAAUACAUUGGAUGCAAACGAAGAACGUGUACGUAAUGUAUUGCUGUUCGCAAAACGUUUAACAGAUGAAAAUCAUUUUGAUUCGGAUAAAAUCCAAAAGAAAGCGGCUAAUAUUGAACAAAGAUUUGUUAAUAAUCGUGAAAAAUCAAAAGAAUUGUGGCAAAAAUUACAAGAUAUGUAUAAAUUACAACAAUUCCUACAGAAUUGUGAUGAACUAAAUGAAUGGAUCCAAGAAAAAUACAUUAUUGCCCAAGAUGAAACUUAUCGUAGUGCAAAAACCAUCCAUAGUAAAUGGACAAGACAUCAAGCAUUCGAAGCGGAAAUCGCCGCAAAUAAAGAUCGUUUAUAUCAAAUACAGAAACAAGCACAAGAUCUGUUGGGUGAUAAACCUGAAAUGAAAAAAAUGAUUGAUCAAAAAUUGAAUGAUCUUGAUCAACAAUUCGAUACAUUGGAAACGACAACAAAUGACAAGGGACAAAAAUUAUUCGAUGCUAAACGUCCAGUGUUGUAUGAACAAACUUGUGAUGAUAUUGAUUCAUGGUUAACGGAUAUUGAAAAUCAAGUGUUGGCUGCAGAAACUGGACAAGAUUUAACCAGUGUAAAUCUAAGCCUACAGAAACAACAAAUGAUUGAAAAUCAAUUAGCUGUAAAGGCUAAACAAGUUAAUGAACUGGAAUCACAAGUAAUGGCAUUGAAAAAGAUUGAUCCAGCAAAAACGGAUGAAUUGAAAGCAAAAAAAUCCUAUGUGGAAGAGAAAUUUAAUCGUUUACAGCAACCAUUACAGGAUCGUAAACAACAAUUAUUGAAAAAGAAAGAAGCCUAUCAAUUUAGACGUGAUGUUGAAGAUGAAAAGAUGUGGAUCCAAGAAAAAUUACCAUUGGCACGCAGCACUGAUUAUGGUAACAGUUUGUUCAGUGUACAGAUGUUGAUCAAAAAGAAUCAAUCAUUGCGUACAGAAAUCGAUAAUCAUGAACCAAGAAUAUUGAAUAUAAUUGAAAAUGGCCGUAAACUAAUCGGAGAAGGACAUGAAGAUUCACCUGAAUUUGCACGUCUAAUUGAUGAAUUGAAUAAAUUAUGGGAUGAAUUGAAAAAUACAAUGGAUGUACGUAAGAAUAAACUAUUGGAAUCUGAACUGGCACAACAAUAUUAUUUUGAUGCAUCUGAAGCUGAAUCAUGGAUGAGUGAACAAGAACUGUAUAUGAUGGUCGAAGAUCGUGGUAAAGAUGAAUUCACUACACAGAAUUUGAUCAAGAAACAUGAAUCAUUGGAAAACGCUGUUGAUGAUUAUGCAGCAACCAUUAAACAGCUGGGUGAAACAGCAAUGCAAUUGAUUAAAUCUGGCCAUCCAGAAAGUGAUCAAAUUGCUAUCCGUCAAUCGCAGGUGGAAAAAUUAUAUGCUGGCCUUAAAGAUUUGGCACAAGAACGACGAUCUAAAUUGGAAGAAUCGCUACGAUUCUGUGGCCUGAAACGUGAAUUUGAUGAUCUUCUUCAAUGGAUUAAUGAAAAAGAAGUGGUGGCUGGUUCACAUGAAUUGGGUCAAGAUUUUGAUCAGGUUACAAUGUUACGUGAACGAUUCAAUCAAUUUGCACGUGAAACCGAAAAUAUCGGCAAUGAACGUAUUGAUGAAGCAAAUGAAAAUGCCGAUAAUUUAAUAAAUUCUGGACAUGUUGAUGGCGCUGUCAUUGCGGAAUUGAAAGAUAAUCUAAAUGAUUCUUAUGCUGAAUUAUUGGAACUGAUGGAAACACGUAAACAAAUGCUGUUGAGUUCAUGGGAAUUGCAUAAAUUCUUUCAUGAUUGUAAAGAUAUUUUGGGACGAAUAUCCGAGAAAUCAAAUUCAAUGUCCGAUGAAUUGGGUCGUGAUGCUGUAUCGGUUUCGAAUCUAUUACGAAAACAUCAAAAUUUCGAACAUGAUUUACAAACACUUAAAUCAGCUGUUCAUCAGAUAACGGAUGAAUCGAAAAAAUUACAAGUUCUUUAUGCUGGUGAUCGUGCCAAUGAAAUUAUUGCACGUGAACAAGAAGUAGUGAAUGCAUGGAAUAAAAUGCUUACGGAUUGUGAUUUAAGACGACAUAAACUGGAAGAUACUGGUGAUUUAUUCAAAUUCUUCAAUAUGGUUCGUGAUCUGAUAUUGUGGAUGGACGAUAUUGUCCGACAGAUGAAUUCAAGCGACAAACCACGUGAUGUAUCCGGCGUAGAGCUAUUGAUGAAUAAUCAUCAAAGUUUGAAAUCAGAAAUUGAUGCCAGAAACGAUAAUUUUACCAAUUGUUUCAAUUUGGGUAAUGAAUUAUUGAGCCGUAAUCAUUAUGCAUCGAAAGAAAUUAGUGAAAAAUUGAAUACAUUACAAAAUCAACGUAGCGCAUUGAAAAAUCGUUGGGAAGAACGUUGGGAUCAUUUACAAUUAAUAUUGGAAGUAUAUCAAUUCGCCAGAGAUGCAGCCGUUGCUGAAGCAUGGCUCAUUGCACAAGAACCAUAUCUAUUGAGUCAAGAAUUGGGCCAUACAAUCGAUGAAGUGGAACAAUUGAUCAAGAAACAUGAAGCAUUCGAAAAAUCAGCAUUCGCACAAGAAGAACGUUUCGUUGCAUUGGAACGAUUAACAACGUUUGAAUUACGAGAAUAUCAGAAACAAGAAGAAAAAGAACGUAAAAUGAAAGAGAAACCAUCAGCAACGGCUAUGGCUGAAAAAGUUUCUACAGCAGCUAAACAACAACCAAUGGCUGAAAUGAUCGAUACUGGUGCUGUGGCCACAAAACCGGAAUCACCAAAAGGUGCAAGAGCAGAAGGAGAAGGUCGUGAUGAAAAAUCUGAAGCUGAUUCCGAUGACAUCAUUAUGGAAGGAUUUGUAAAUCGUAAACAUGAAUGGGAAAGUACAACGAAACGAUCAUCGAAUAGAUCUUGGGAUAAAGUUUUUGUUGUCUUGAAAAAAAGUCAACUUUUAUUCUAUAAAGAUCAAAAACAUUCGAAAAAUGAACCGGAAAAAUAUUAUAAAGGUGAACCAGCCAUACAAUUGGAUGAUGUACAGGUGGAAAUUGCAUCAAAUUAUACGAAAAAGAAACACGUUUUCCGUUUGAAAUUAUCGAAUGGUGCCGAAUAUCUAUUCCAAGCUAAAGAUGAUGGUGAAAUGGAAUGUUGGUUAAAUACGAUAAAUUCCACUAUACGCAGUCAACAACAGCCAUCACCAGGACCAUCACGAUCACAAACAAUGCCAGCAAAAGGUGCUAUUGAUCCAACGAAAAUGAAAGAAUCUGAAGCUUCUCGUAAAGCUGGUGCCGCCACCAGUACCGGUGGUGGUGGUGGUGGACUUUUUACAUUGAAAAAGAAAUAAUCGAAAAUAACAUCACAUCAUCAUACAUUUUAAAAUUCAUUGAUCAACGAAUAUUUUUGCUGUCCUGAUUCUGCUGCCCCCUUCUCUUAUUAUUUGCAUACACACAGACAUUCGAGCAACUAUUAUUAUUUUUUUUGAAUUAUGAAUUCAGAUCUAUUGAUAUUUUAGUCACAUUAUCCACAUAUACAAAGAUAAACAAACAUCAAUUCUUUUAGAUGGAUGUAGAAAUCAUCAGCUAUUUUUAUUAUUACUUUUUUUUUUGGUAGCUAAAAUUCUCAUUAUGUAUCUCUGCGAUGUUUUUUUUUCACUUAUUUCGUACGAAGGUAGCUGGAUGUCCAACCACACAUAAUUUGUCAAUCUCAUUACUACACACACACAAACAUAAACCCAUCACCAACAACUGAAGAAAAAAAAAUCACCCAUUUUCUCGAAUAUUAACACCACUGCCUAUGAUGACGGAAAUUCUUCUCCAUUUUUUUUAGUCUCAAAAAAACUUGAUAAUCGUCA